AUGGGACCGGCGGCGGGUCGGGGUGCGGUGGCGGGGAGCGGUGCCUGCCUCUUCCUGCUAUUGCUGCUGCUGCUGCUGCUGGCGCUGGUGGUGCGGCAGCUCCUGAAGCAGCGGCGGCCGCCUGGUUUCCCGCCCGGCCCCGCGGGGCUGCCCCUCAUCGGCAACAUCCACGCUUUGGGCGCGGAGCACCCGCACGUCUACAUGCGGCGGCAGAGCCAGAUCCACGGGCAGAUCUUCAGCCUUGAUCUUGGAGGUAUAUCUGCUAUUGUACUGAAUGGCUAUGAUGCAGUAAAAGAAUGCCUUGUUCAUCAAAGUGAAAUUUUUGCAGAUAGACCAUCUCUUCCUUUAUUUAAGAAGCUAACAAACAUGGGAGGCUUACUGAACAGUAAAUAUGGCAGAGGAUGGACAGAACAUCGAAAAUUAGCUGUAAAUUCCUUUCGAAUUUUUGGAUAUGGCCAAAGGUCCUUUGAACACAAAAUUUCAGAAGAAUCUAUGUUUUUUCUUGAUGCCAUUGAUUCAUACAAAGGCAGACCAUUUGAUCUUAAGCACUUGAUAACAAAUGCUGUUUCAAACAUUACUAAUUUGAUUAUUUUUGGAGAACGUUUUACAUACGAAGACACUGAGUUUCAGCACAUGAUUGAGAUUUUUAGUGAAAAUAUUGAAUUAGCUGCUAGUGCUUCUGUAUUUUUAUAUAAUGCUUUUCCUUGGCUUGGUAUCUUGCCAUUUGGGAAACACAAGCAGCUGUUCAAAAAUGCAGCUGAAGUCUAUGACUUUCUUCAUGAGCUCAUUGAACGUGUCUCUGAAAAUAGGAAGCCUCAGUCGCCUCGACAUUUUGUAGAUGCAUAUUUAGAUGAGAUGGAUUGCAAUGAAAAUGAUCCAGAAUCUACAUAUUCAAGAGAAAACCUAAUUUUCUCUGUUGGAGAACUCAUCAUAGCUGGGACAGAAACCACAACAAAUGUUUUAAGAUGGGCAGUGCUAUUCAUGGCUCUUUAUCCAAACAUUCAAGGGCAAGUUCAAAAAGAAAUUGAUUUAAUCAUCGGCCCAAAUAAAAUGCCUGCCUUAGAAGAGAAAUGCAAAAUGCCAUACACUGAGGCUGUUCUGCAUGAGGUUCUAAGAUUCUGCAAUAUAGUUCCAUUAGGUAUUUUUCAUGCAACUUCCAAAGAUACAGUUGUGCGUGGUUACUCUGUUCCUGAAGGCACCACAGUCAUUACAAAUCUCUACUCUGUUCAUUUUGAUGAAAAAUACUGGAGCAAUCCAGAAGUGUUUUUUCCUGAGAGAUUUUUGGACAGCAAUGGGCAGUUUGUCAAGAAAGAUGCAUUUAUUCCUUUUUCACUAGGGAGAAGACAUUGUCUUGGAGAACAACUAGCUCGAAUGGAAAUGUUUCUGUUUUUCACUUCAUUACUACAACGAUUUCACCUCUGUUAUCCUCACGGGGUGAUUCCAGAUCUCAAACCAAGAUUAGGGAUGACCUUACAGCCACAGCCAUACCUCAUCUGUGCAGAACGACGGUAAAUGGAAGGGAUUAGGUUGUCAGGUGGAGCACUAAACUCCCAAGCUGCAGAUGAGGAUCCACUUUGCCUUCUAUUUCUAAAUGUGCUCAUGUCAGAAGAACAAAAAUUUAAAGGACUUCCAGAAAAUUGUGGCUAUUUGUGAACAAGUAAAUAGAUUCCUUUUAUUUAGUUUCCACAAAAAAAAACCCCGUAUCUCCUACUGAGAACAUGAAACACAUCCUGUGUUUAAAGUUGAUGUUUUCACUCCAGAAGUCAGUUUUGGAUCUAACGUCUGAUUGAGCUUUUGAAUGUUUAAUUACUUAGCCAGGCAUUUUACUUUGAGAGGAUAUUUUUAUAAGCAGGGAAAAUAUUGGUCAAAAUGUUUACACUCUGAUUCAUUAUUCCAGCUAUGCUGUUCUUUAUAAUUCUCCAUUAAAUUUAUAUAGCUAAUUUUUUUUAAUUGUGUAACUCAGAAUAAAGUAUUUUUUU